AUGACCGUCCACGCCAUUCAACCUAUUCAACCCGGUGAUGAGAUCACCAUCUGCUACGGCCAACCCCUCUUUGCGGUCAGGAGUGAGCGCAGGGAUUACCUGCAGCGCAACAUGGGCUUCACCUGCACAUGCGAGUGCUGCUCCCUGUCGGGUGAAGCGAGUCAGGCGAGCGACAUGCGACGGACAGAGCUAUGGAGAUUGUUCAAAGCCGUGCCCUUCCUAGGUCACGAUGCUCCUGCUGGCAUCCGAGCG